CUCGCAUACUGACUGACGCGGCUCACAGAGACGUUGACCAGGUCGUCUGACGGGCCCAACUUGCUUCAUUCCCGGAACACAGGAGCUAGAACUGCUUACAGUGUCCGAACUGGGCUACGAUGGCAUCAGCACAGAGGUCACAGACAUCCUUUGACUUCUGCCAUGACACACACUCGAGCGCCCUCUUGCAGGGUUUGCAAGAACUACGAUCGGAGAACAUGUUGGUGGACGUCAUCCUGUGUGUCUCCGGGAGAGAAAUCCCCUGCCACAGAAAUGUACUUGCUACUUGCAGUGCAUAUUUCCGCGCAAUGUUCUGCAAUGGACACCUCGAGAGCAAGGAGCAUAAGGUGACCAUCGAAGAACAGAGUGCCAGUGCCUUGCAGCUUAUUGUUAACUACGCCUACACGUCAAGGGUGACGAUCACCGAAGACAAUGCUGUGGAACUGAUGGAAGCAGCCAACUUCUUCCAGAUUCUAUCAGUCAAGAAUGCAUGCACAAAGUUCCUAUCGGACAGUCUGUGUGUCAAGAACUGUAUGAAGAUGGUAAGCUUAGGUGGCAUGAUUGACCCCGUCCUGGAAGCAGAUGCAAUGUCGUAUGCCAUGAAAGAGUUUUCUGCAGCCAGCAAGACACCGGAGUUACUUGACUUGACAAAGGAGCAGCUCAAAAAGCUCAUCUCCUCAGACCACCUGAAUGCUCCUGAACAGACUGUGUACACAGCAGUGAUGGCUUGGAUCAACCAUGACACCAGGAAGAGGAAGAAGGAGAUUAGAGAGCUGAUGGAACUGGUCAGGUUCCCCUGGAUGGACAAAAUGUACUUCCUGGAGAAGGUGGAAACUGACAAGACACUGCGCAAGUGCUGUCCGGACCUUGUGUCUGAAGUUCUGAGGUAUCAGGCAUUCCCAGGGGAGGUCCAGUCACCCCGCACCCGUCCCCGCCAUGCCAGUGGUCUGAGGGAGGCAGUGGUGGUCAUUGGAGGGUGUGAGAAGUUAGAAGAAGGAAGUUUUUCGGGUUGCAACAACUCCUUAAUGAUGACACACUCGUCUGCACAAUGGGUCACAAGUUGGGUUUCCAUGACAAAAAUGAAUGAUAAGGACCGUGGAUUUGCUGUGGCUGUUUUGGGCACAAGUGACAUUAUGGUGUGUGGUGGGGUUUGUUGCAAGAAGGACGUUUGGCUCUAUCAGGCAAAACUUGACAUGUGGUGUAAACUUGCUCCGAUGCACACUGGUAGGGCCUAUUGCAAGCUGGCAGUACUGCAAGGUAAAGUGUAUGCAAUUGGUGGCAGAAACAGCCCCUCAUCAUCAACUCUAGUUGUAGAAGCAAGUGUGGAAGUUUAUAACCAAAGCCUGAUGAACAAAUGGACUGAAGGUGUUCCACUCCCACAGCCCAGGUACCACCAUGCAGUUGCAGUAGUAGAUAGUAGCAUAUAUGUGAUAGGUGGGUUUGAUGCUGAGGGGCAUGCAACAUCUACAGUGUUCCACUUCAGUAACUCCCAGUGGCACACAGCAAGGGACCUGCCCCGGAAAAUCUCAAAUGUUACAGCUUCAGUUCUCAAUGGUAGCAUCUAUGUUGCUGGGGUUCGAUGGAAACUGCUGUGUUACAAGCCGGAAGAAGACUUGUGGACUGUAAUAUUCAACACUAAUAUUGGACGCAAAUGUGGUAUGACUGUCUUUGGUGGGCAGAUUUACAUCUAUGGUGGCUUGGACAGUGAUAGCAAUGGAACAACAAAGAUUUUGCAGCUUAAUGAAGAAGACGAGUCUAUUGAGCAGGUGGCAACCAUGCCCAAGGGUCUGUUUGACCAAGCUUGUGUCACUAUAUUGAAGGGUUGAGGUAUAACAUAGUAUCAUACACUCCUGAGAGAUCACAAUCCAUGAAUAAGUGUGAAGUAAGCAAGCAGAGCUAACCAUCAUUGCAUCAAUGGACAGUGUUGAUUGUUAACAUGACUUGAUAGGGCUGUCUGAGUACUUGAACUCGUACCUGUAAAAUUGUUAAGGUACAGGUCUGGACCUGAACACCUGGUGUAUCUGUACGGUACUACCUGUCCCUAGCUCACUUGUGAACACCAAAAUUAAGAUGAGGAAAUCCUGAAUCAAUGAUUGACAAUUUUGAUAACAUGCCAGUUGAAAAUUGACCUUAAUUAUUUUGGUACUGGUACAGUUCUAGAUUUGUUUAUAUACACAGCUCUAUGACUAUGUGAUGUUGUUUAACAAAGAAUAUCAUUGAUUGAAUAAUUGAAAGUUAGCAUUUAGUAAGUAAGGUGUGAAGAAAAAAUUUAUGAAGAUGAGACAGUUCACACAGAUUCUAUCUGAAAACAUUGAACAUGUUGACUAGUGUAGCAUUAACCUAAAUGUGAUUUAUUCAUUAGUUGUUUAGAUAAAGGCUAUUUUGUGACAUUUGGACCUGUGAAUCAAAGAAGAACAAAUUUGCUGUUCAAGCUUAAUUGGAAAGUGGUAGAAAGGGACUACAUUUCAGUUAUCAGUUUCUUACUGUUUGUUCUAGACAAUAUCAGUGACAGCUGUAUCCUACAGAAUUGCUGUAGUCACUAGAAGUUUUGUAAGUAUUUAACUCACAUUUGUUAACUGUGUGCAUCCCAUCAAUAGGGGAAUAUUCUUACAUAAUGUUACCCAUCAAUGUUGAUGACGGUUCAAAUUCCACGUGAGUUUUUAAGUUAGCAGCUGUUGAACUGCAUGUCUUUUUUGGGUUUGAAUUUAUGAAGUGGUAAUGUUUGCUUUCUUCAAGUCCAAGAUAAGUCUGUGUAUUUAAUUUAGACCCAAAUAGAUUUUUCUGGUCCUACAUGUAUGCCCUAUUCAUAAACAAACACUCUUGUAAGUGCAAGCACAUACUCCAUUUCAUGAUUUAUAACACAAGUGGUUAGUUUCUUACACUCUGUUGUACCUUUGUUACUAUUUAUACUUUUGAUUAACCAAGUCCUGUUUUAAAGAUCACCUGAAACAAUA